CAGAGGAGGCGAUGAGAGGAAGCUGCAACAAACACACAGGGCGUCUGCGCUUACCUAAAUAGGACAAUAAAGUGAAAUCGGGAUCAAUGCUCUAACAAUGGAUUUGUCAUAUAUGCUACCCCUUAAAGUUCUCCUCCUCGUGUAUUUAAGCUGCACCCAAGGACACUACAGGAACCCUCUGAACAAGUAUAUCCGGCACUAUGAAGGCCUGUCGUACGACACAGAACUCGUUCACACCAAACAUCAGAGGGCAAAGAGGGCGCUCUCUCACGAAGACAAGUUCCUCCACUUCGACUUUCAUGCCCAUGGAAGGCAUUUCAACUUAAGGAUGAAAAGGGACACCAUGUUGUUCGCCCCAGAUCUGAAGGUAGAUGUUUCAGGAGACGAAAUUCCUUAUGAUACCUCUCACAUCUACACCGGUGAAAUCUACGGUGAGAAAGGUACUCUGACUCAUGGCUCCAUUAUAGAUGGUAAGUUUGAGGGCUUUAUACAGAGCUACCAUGGUACUUACUACGUGGAGCCAGCCGAGAGAUACCUGGAAGACAAAGACGUGCCUUUCCACUCUGUCAUAUACCACGAAGACGACAUACACUAUCCACACAAGUACGGCCCAGAGGGCGGCUGUGCUGAUAGCUCCGUGUUUGAAAGGAUGAACAAGUUUCAAGCCUCGGCUGUAAAGGAACCGACCCAGCAGGAGUUCCACACCGAGGCCGACUCCAGUGACCCCGUCCUGCUGAGGAAGAAGAGGAUGGCCCAGGCUGAGAAAAACACCUGCCAGCUCUUCAUUCAGACAGACCACCUUUUCUUCAAAUACUACAAUACCAGAGAAGCCGUCAUCGCUCAGAUCUCCAGUCACGUCAAGGCUAUUGAUGCCAUCUAUCAGGGCACAGACUUCAUGGGAAUUCGUAACAUCAGCUUCAUGGUGAAAAGAAUCAGGAUAAACACCACGCUUGAUGAGCGAGAGAGAUCCAACCCGUUCCGCUUUGCCAACAUCGGGGUGGAGAAGUUCCUGGAGCUGAACUCGGAGCAGAACCACGAUGACUACUGCUUGGCUUAUGUUUUCACAGACAGGGAUUUUGACGAUGGGGUGUUGGGACUGGCCUGGGUGGGAGCUCCCUCAGGGAGCUCUGGAGGAAUCUGUGAAAAGAGCAAGCUGUACUCUGAUGGAAAAAGGAAGUCUCUCAACACGGGUAUAAUCACUGUACAGAAUUAUGCCUCCCAUGUGCCUCCAAAAGUCUCUCACAUCACUUUUGCACAUGAAGUAGGACACAACUUUGGCUCCCCGCAUGACUCUGGAUCGGAGUGCACCCCUGGAGAAUCCAAAAGCCAAGACAAGAAGGAGAAGGGCAAUUAUAUUAUGUAUGCACGAGCCACAUCAGGAGACAAACUCAACAACAACAAGUUCUCAGUUUGUAGUAUUCGCAACAUCAGCCAGGUGCUGGAGAAGAAGAGGGGCAACUGUUUUGUCGAGUCCGGUCAGCCCAUCUGCGGUAACGGUUUAGUCGAACCUGGAGAGGAGUGCGACUGUGGCUACAGUGAUCAGUGCAAAGACCUGUGCUGCUAUGACGCCAACCAGCCGGACAACAAGAAGUGUAAACUAAAGCCCAACAAAGUCUGCAGCCCCAGUCAGGGUCCUUGUUGUACCCCUGAAUGCAUUUACAAGGGUCGUAACGAGAAGUGCAGAGAGGAGUCUGAGUGUGCUCACCAGGGCAUGUGCAACGGCGUUAGCGCCCAGUGCCCCACAUCUGAGCCCAAGGCCAACUUCACCGCCUGCCACGGAGAAACUCAAGUCUGUCUCAACGGGGGCUGCUCGGGAUCCAUCUGUGAGAAGUACGGGCUUGAAGCGUGCACAUGUGCCAGCCAAGAUGGCAAGGAUGAGACCGAGCUCUGCCACGUUUGCUGCAUGGAGAAGAUGAACCCCAACACGUGCAGCAGCACAGGCUCGGAGCGCCUGGCUCCUUUCUUCAAUAAAAAAGUCACCACGCUACCAGCUGGCUCUCCGUGCAACGACUUCAAGGGCUACUGUGACGUGUUCAUGAAGUGCCGACUGGUGGAUGCCGACGGGCCGCUUGCCAGGCUAAAGAAAGCUAUUUUUAACCCCGAGCUUUAUGAGAACAUCGCAGAGUGGAUCGUGGCGCACUGGUGGGCCGUGCUGUUGAUGGGCAUCGCCCUCAUCAUGCUCAUGGCUGGUUUCAUUAAGAUCUGCAGUGUCCACACACCAAGCAGUAAUCCUAAACUUCCCCCUCCCAAACCACUCCCAGGCACUUUGAAGAGGCGACGAGCGCAGCAGCAUGCUAGCUCCCAGGUGCAGCACCAGUCGCAGCAUCCGCACUCCCACAGCGGCCACGCCGGCCAGCGGCAAGCCCGGGGCCAGCCGGCGCAGCGGCAGGCGCAGCCCCAGAGGCACCACCGUCAGCCCAGAGAGAACUAUCAGAUGGGCCAGAUGAGACGCUGAGACCCUGCCCUCACCCCUUCCUCCUCCCCCCCAAUGCCUUGGCUCCUCCUCGUGCCUACAGUGGGAAACAAAAGCGUCACUCCAUCCAAAGAAAAGCCUGACAUGGUUGUUGUCAUAUCCUCCACCUACAAACAAAACAGACACGUGACGAAGAGCGAACGCUGUCUAGCACCUGACUGGCUCUUUGUGGAGUGGACCCGACCCUCAGCCAUUUCCAAU